UAAAUGUACACUUGACGUCGGCCACGAGGCUUUUAGUGUCGGCAGAACGAAACCGUCGCUCGUGUUAGUCGUGCUCGAUCGGUGGAACGGAAUUUUGUACGACGACGACGACGAUUUAUCGCGUACACUUACGAUCGUUUCAAUCGUAAAUGAUUAUUACCGAGAAUUAACACCAGUUCGAUUUUCGGGACAUGGAGUUCGGUGGAACCGGCGGGGUGUCGGUUGUGAACCGCGCCAGCGGAAACUUUAUAAGAUGGAUAGCGUUGAUGCUUUGCCUGUUAUCGGCAGUUUUCGGUCAAUUGGAUUUGCCACCGUACAGAGAUGACGGAGAUCGCAGACUUCCUUCUAACGAAUUGGAUUAUCGAAACAUUUUAGCUCAACUAGACUUUCUUGGUGCAGAGAGAUGCAGCGCUAACGUAGCCGCCCAAUGGGCGUACGAAACGAAUGCAAACGACUAUACACAGUUGCAAGCGUUGGAUGCUCAACGAUUAUAUGCAGAUUUUCAAUUACACGCUUGGCUUUUAACCUCUAAAAUCGAUAUAAAUGCGAUUCGAGAUCCUGUAAUCAGACGACGACUUCGCUAUUUAUUCGUCGUAGGUCCUUCAGCAUUGCCACCUGAUCAACUAGAUAGAUACAAUCGCAUAAUCAACGACAUGCUUGCGGUAUAUAAUGGGGCGACUAUAUGCGCUUACAACGAUCCCUUCCGAUGUGAACUACGUUUAUAUCCAGAUAUAUCGCAAAUUAUGGCGAAAAGUCGAGACUGGGACGAGUUGCAGUACGUCUGGACUGAGUGGAGAAGACGAAGCGGCACACCAAUUAGGGAUCUGUAUCAACAACUUGUUACACUGAACAAUGACGCUGCAAGAUUGAAUAAUUUUACUGAUGCGGCCGAAUAUUGGAUGUUCCCGUACGAAUCUACCAGUUUCCAACAGGAUAUUGAUCAAGUUUGGGAAACAAUACGUCCACUUUAUGAAGAAUUGCACGCUUAUAUUCGCAAAAAGCUGAGAGAUCUUUAUGGUCCUGAAAAAAUCGGCGGACAUGCGCCCCUACCGUCUCACAUCCUUGGUAACAUAUGGGGACAAUCUUGGACUAAUCUUUUGGAUCUUACUCUACCGUACCCUGGAAAAACAUAUCCCGAUGUUACGAAGGAAAUGCAAGCUCAAGGUUACACACCAAUUGAUAUGAUUCGAGUGGCCGAGGAAUUUUAUCUAUCCAUGAACUUGAGCGCUUUACCGCCAGAAUUUUGGGCCGGAAGCAUAAUCACGGAUCCUGGCGACCGUCCAAUAAUCUGCCAAGCUUCUGCAUGGGACUUUUGCAAUCGUAUAGAUUACAGGAUUAAGAUGUGUACAAAGGUGACAAUGAAGGAUUUGAUAACUCUACAUCACGAGAUGGCACACGUUCAGUACUUCUUACGUUACAGCGGUCUACCUCGCGAAUUUCGAGACGGCGCUAAUCCAGGAUUCCAUGAAGCGGUCGGCGAGGCUAUCGCUUUGAGUGUCGCGACGCCGCGUCACAUGCAAACUCUUGGCCUAGCUAACAAAUACAUCGACGAACGUUCCGCGGAUAUCAACUACCUCUUCUCCUUGGCAAUGGACAAACUAGUGUUGCUACCUUUUAGCAUCGCGAUGGACCGAUGGCGAUGGGAUAUUUUUCGCGGCUACAUUAAUAAGGAGGAAUACAAUUGCCAUUGGCACAGACUGAAGGAACAAUACACGGGCACGAAACCACCGGUUCUGAGAUCCGAAGAUGACUUCGAUCCAGGUGCAAAAUAUCACGUCCCAGCCAACAUUCCCUACAUACGGAAUUUCGUGGCUGGAGUUCUUCAAUUCCAACUGUAUCGCGCGCUGUGCCAGGCGUCGAGACAGAGAUACCUCGACGAUCCGAGAAGGCCGCUGCACAAAUGUGAUUUUUACAGAAGCCCGGAGGCCGGGGGAAUUCUAGGAAGAGUGAUGGAAAAGGGAUCGUCCAUCCCAUGGCAAGAGACACUUCGAGAAGCCACUGGUGAGUCCAGAUUGGAUGGAUCCGCUCUGAGGGAGUACUUCCGACCAUUAGAAGAUUGGUUGAGGACCGAGAAUUUGAGAACGGGCGAAAUCGUCGGCUGGUCAUACGAUGGGGACUUUUGCAAAAGAAGCAUCGAGACUGCGGGUCUGCAGGUUUACGGCAGUGGCUUCUACAACAGCGGCACGUCGAUAUAUGCAUCUUGGAUCACGACAGGAAUAAUGACGACUCUUUGGCUUGUGUCGAUGCAUUAUUGAGCGGGACGACUCGACAAAUAGUCGAUACAUCGUCGAGUAUUGAUAUAAUAAAUUUAAGAAAAAUUCAUUUCCAUUAAUCUGCCAGAAUAUGUCAAGUUAUAAUUAUUAUUGCCGUUCAAAUCUUGAAGAAACAAAAUAAUUAAAUCAUCCAUCUAACUUCGGUUGAUAGUCAAACAAUUAUUAUUACUGCCAACAAGCACGCUAAAGUGCACUCUUGAAUAACUGCAUAUUUUUCGUAAUGUAAAAAGGUACGUAUAUAAAUAUAUAUAUAUAUAUAGAAC